UCUGUCAUUGUCAACGUGUCAAUCGGGUGACAAUAAUAAUAACGCCAUUUUGAAUAAUUAUUAAUUAUUUGCGUCUUACUGUGUGUUAAAUAUAUAGAAAACAAGUUAAGGCCUAGGCCUAUCACUAGUGGAAGUUCCAAAACUUCUCUACCACAUCAAGAGGGAAAUUUUUUUUUCAAAAUGGAUGAAAAUCAAAGUUUUUCAUCUCACGAAGAUUUUGGACAAAUUCCUGAUUUGUCAGCGAUAGACGAUAUCCUAAAUCAUUGUGAAAAUGAUCUAUUUAAAAGCGAAUUAUUCAAUCACGAUGCUCUGAUGGCUCUAGAUGAAAAUAUUCCUAUCGAUUUAAUGGACUUUGAAGAUACACUCCAAAAAACAAACUAUUUUCCUUUAAAUACCAAUUCAGAAGAAAUAAAACUCCCCGAAUCGUAUUCUUUGGCUGAUAACGUGAAAAGCAGUCCGAUACAAGCACUUCAAGUAACACAACCUGUUGUCCAGAAUAUUCAAAUUGAAAAUGUGCAGGUACCAGUUCAGAGUAUACAAAAUCCAGUUAUCAUUUCUUCGGCAAAUCUUCAGCAGACUACUCAACCCGUAGUUUAUACAGCUAGUAUUCCGAUUCAGAAUCAACACAUAAUAUUACAACAAAGUGCUAGUACCUCCAAAGGACAAAAUGGAAAACAGAAAGGACAAAGAAGUGUUUUGGUACAAAAUAUUCAACAGAUACCCGUCGAUCAGAUGCAACCUGUUGUUUUACAAGCAAAAAUUUUAAAAACUGAUUCCCAAGUUAUGACACCAACAGUUAUGUAUACAACAGCUGUUUCUAAUACAACAUCCCAAUCGAUACCAACUUUGAUAAGUACCAACAGAAUUUUAACCACCGGUAUUCCAUUGGUAUUGGAAGGAGAAAGUAAAGUACCCAUAAAUAGAGUUCAGCCUGCUGGUAAAGAGCAUAAAGUGAAAGAAGUUAAGAGAAGUGCUCAUAAUGCCAUUGAAAGGAAAUACAGAACUAGUAUAAAUGACAAGAUUAUUGAAUUGAAGAAUAUGAUUGUAGGAGAAGAUGCAAAAUUAAACAAAUCUGCUAUACUCCGUAGAGCAGUAGAGUAUAUUCAUUUUCUACAGAAUGCGAAUGCUCGUCUCAAGCAAGAAAAUAUGGCUCUAAAGAUGGCGGCUAGACAAAGUUCUCUUAAAGAUCUUCUCACUACAGGAGAAUCCAAGUACCAUCCAGAAGACACUCCUCCUCGUUCUGAUCACUCUUUCUCUCCAGAUCAUUCUCCUUUAUCGAGUCCAAAGUAUUCUGUAAACAUUAAGGAUGAAAGUCAAUCUUUCUCUCCUAAUGAUUCACUAUCUUCAAGUCCAGAGUAUUGUGCAAAUAUUAAGGAUGAAAGUGAUGAAGAAGAAAUGAUGACAUCUAUUCGCAAAGGAAUGUUGGAUAGCUCUAGAAUUUCAUUGUGUAUGGUAAUGAUGGUAAUUUUAGUUUUCAAUCCAUUCCAACUUGCUGUUGAUAAGUAUGUUAAUGUGGAUUAUAACAAACAAUUUGAGAAAAGAGGUAUAUUAUGGUCAGAAUCAACAUCUGUAUCAUUCAUGCAGUCUACUGUUAUUUUAUGGAUAUUGAACAUUUCAAUUUUGGCUUUUUGUUUGAUAAAAAUGCUCGUCUAUGGAGAUCCAGUUAUACCAUCUAAAUCGAAAGAAGCCCAGAAAUUUUGGAGGCAUAGAAGACAGGCGCAUUUAUAUCUAAAAAAAGGAGAAAAGUUGGAAGCUAACCAAGAACUGCUGCGUUGUUUGCAAGCUUACAAUAUUUCACUUCCUACUAGCAAAUUUGAUUUAGUGAUGUGUUUUGGUUGGCAAUUAUUCAGGCAAAUUCUUCAUAGAUUGUGGAUUGGAAGAUGGUUGUCGAAACAUGUUGGAGGAUUUUUUGUCGAUUCUAAAAUACGUUACGAAGCCCAAACUUCAUGCAAAGAAUUAGCUUUGGUUUUCAACGAUCUUCAUAAAAUUCAGUUGGUUAGUGGUUCAGAAGAGAGUUGUCAUUUAAUAGGAUUGAUUACUUGUUUAAACGCUUUAAAUUUGGCAGAAGCUGCUAAAUACCAAAUAAAAUCAGUCGAUCUGAUUGACGUGUACGUUGGAGUUGCUCUGAGAAUUAAAGCCAGUUUGCCAAAUUUCACUCACUUCUUACAGAGAUAUUAUUUAGGAUUGGCUAAAUUGUCAUCCUUAAAUUCAGUUGAUGCUAUACCUAAACGUUUGCAAUGGUUGAUGACUCCAUAUGGUUAUAAAUUUUUUGUUUCCAAUAACACCAACAUCAACAAAACUAGAAAUUUGCCUUUUAGUUGUAUAGGAAACAGCGUAGAUCCACUUGCGAUUCAAAUGAAAAUUUACAGGGAACAUCUCUUGGAGAAGGCGCUCUCGAUACUAAUAACACCCGGACAAAAAAUUGAUAGUAAUCAAGAUAAAAAAACUGAUAUAAGUGAGGCUUUGAUGUAUAUUGAACUUCUCAAAGAUAAUGUUGCCGUAGAUGCUCGUACAGUUUUCGGGGCUUCUUCUGAAAAUUGUUAUCAGGAUAAAGUCGCCCAGUGGUGGAUGACUUUCUUGUCGAUAGCUUGUCAUUGGCUUUUGGGUAACGAAGAUGCUGAAUAUUUCUAUAAGAAGAUUGAAAUGAUACCAGAACCCUUAGUUUCACUCAAUGAUCCGCUACCUAAAUGUAUAGUUGCAGCUUUUGUGGCUAGAAGAGAUUAUUUAGAUCAGAAUUCAAGCAACAGUCCAAAAAAAAUUUCACUACAGUGCGAUUAUGCUAGUCAUUUAUUAGCAGACAGUUUAACAUUCACUAUUUGCAAAAAUAUAAAAGAUCGCAACGUACUUUUGGCCCAUUUAUUGGUAUGCGAUUGGCUUUUGGAAACGAGAACUUCACUUUGGGAGGAUUGUGUUAACAGAGGUUUAAAAACACCCGUUUCGAACGGCAUUUUAACUUCUUAUCAAAUGGAUUUAUCCUCUUUAAGAACACUGGCAGGACACAUUCCGAGUGCUUUAGCGAGAGUCUUUUUGUAUGAAGCUACUGCUAGAUUAAUGGCAGGUGCUGCACCAGGUAAAACUCAACAACUGUUAGAUAGGAGUUUGCGACAGAGACACGGUAAAUAUUCUAUUAUAUGUGGAAAAGGUGAUAGGAAUCGCCAAGAAUUUGGAGGAGAGCGGCAACAUGCGACUGCCCUGUAUAUGGCUUGCAAAUAUUUACCGGGACCACUUUUGUCUUCACCCGGUGAAAGAGCAGGAAUGUUAGUAGAAGCUGUCAAAACUUUGGAAAAAAUUGGAGAUAAAAAGAGGUUGCAAGAUUGUUAUGAACUUAUGAAGACUCUAGGUACUAGUGUUAUAAACAAUUAAUAUAUUCCAAUACAAAUAUUAUAUCAAGUUACUGUAAUAAAAAUAUUGUUUUUUAUCAUAA